AUGCCCUUUAGGGCCAAGGACACCGCUCCGCAACAGCAACAUGAAAGGGAAAUUCAUUCCCAAUUCGGAUUGAAUAUCAAAAAAAGGGAAUUGGACUGUGCUAAAGAUUUUCUGAAUCAAAACAAUUGCAUUACUGAUGUCAAAGAUGCAAUCGAAUUCAAAAGAAAUUUAUUACUAGAAGGCGAGGACUACGAGGAGGCCGAUCAAAUAGUGAGGGACUAUUUGGUUCAAAUCCUGAAAUCAAAGGACGCGAACUCGUCGCAAAUCAAUGAUACCAUCUCGCAUUACAACCAAGAAUCUUUCCAUCAUUACUUGACAACUUCCAACAGCCCGGGAAUUAUAAGAAUUUAUAAACGCGAUUUAGGUAUAUCACCCGAGAAUGCAUUAUACGUCAUAGCGGCCUACAUCAUAGGAGGUGAUCUUGAAGCCUCGAGGAAUGUAGUGGAUCGAUUUGAUAUCGGAGACGCUUUAUUCGAAAGAUUUCUUAAUAAUGUGAAAACCCACUUAUCUUCGGUCGAAGCGGAUCAUCUGAGAAAAAUUGUGAAAUAUCGGGAACCACAUGUGAGAUCGCUAUUCAAGCACAAAAAGUUUGACGAUGCAAGGAAUCUGUACAAAGAGAUCAUUGCAGAAAAGGUUGAACCCGACGAGCAUAUCUACGACGCCUUCAUCUUUGGAUUUCUAUAUUAUAAUCUAUUCCAAGAUGCAAUGCAAGUUUGGGAAGGCAUUAACAAGAGAGGAUUCAGACCAACGUUAAGACUCUACAAUCGGAUGAUCCACGGAUUUGGAAAGAAAAGUACGUAUCAUGACGCGGAGGUCAUAUGGAAUAAUAUGUUGAAUAACAAAAUCAGGCCAGAUGUCGAAACAUAUGGUACAAUGAUUGACACGUAUUUUCAAUCCAGAGAAGGAUUAAAGGCGGCCAAGUUAUUUCAGCAGAUGAACAAUGAGAACAUUCCCCUUAACGUCGAAAUUUUUAAUAUCAUGAUCAACGGAUUUUUAUCUCUCAAUAAAGUUGAUGAGGCGAAGAAGAUGUACAAGAUGAUGCAGGAAAAAGGCAUCAAACCUGACGUAGUGACGUGCAACGCCUUAAUUCAAAGAUUAAUAAAUUUAAACGAGGCUUUGGCCUUCGAAAUUCUUGAGGACAUGGAAAGAUCCAAUAUAAAACCCGAUGCCAUGACCCUCACGAUACUUGUCGAGGAUUUUCUCGCGAGAAAAGAUCUCGAAGGAGCUCAGAAAAUCAUCGAUAGCUUUGGUGAAUACGGAAUCGAACCAAACAUGAUAACAUACGGUGUUAUAAUAAAUGGUUUAAUAAAGAUGGGCGAUUUCGCUAAGGCUCAGGAAACUUACAACAUUGCGUCAAAAAUAGGAAAACCCGGAAUUCAGAUUGAGAGCAACAUGCUUCAACUCCACUUCAAACUAAAAAACUUUGAUGCGGCCAUGCGAGCUCACAGGAAGAUCAUGCGUUCCGGGUACAAAAUUACCGAAGGUUAUUAUAACAUACUAAUAGGCGGUUUUAUGAACGCCGGAUAUUCACAGGAAGCAAAAAUAUUUUACGAUCAAAUGUUAUCAUUAAAAAUACAUCCCAAUCUCAAAACAUACAAGACUCUGAUUAAAGGUUAUUUGAAGAUAAGCGAUAUAACCGGUGCAUCGGAAAUAGUCGAUGAUAUUAAAAGGGUGAAUUAUCUUGUUUUAAAUCCGGAACUAAAGGAAUUAAUCGAGAUAGUGGAAAAAUCUUUGAGGAAGAAAAGCCUGUCCAAUAUUAUUAAGUAG